CCUGCCUGGAAAGCGGCGACGAGCGGGCCAUCACAUUUACGGGGUCUUCGCGUAGUCCAGAGUUGCCCAUACAGACCAGGCCUCUAACCACUCCUUGGGAGCCUGCGUGCCAGCAGCCUGGAACCCAGAGCCUAUCCUGGAGCCUGCACAAUCAAUCCAGCCUGAAGCCGAUGUCUUCUAGAGAGACGGAAGUGCAAUCCAACCAGGGCGCAGCUGAAUUUUGAGAGGCCUGAAUGCCUCGGCGUCCAUCGGGACCGCUAGGACUAUUCUCUUGGCAAAUUUGUGGCCUGCCAAAACUACCAUGCUUCACAUCCCCGUUAUCCUUGGUUACCGCCCAAGAUACACAGAUCCUUAUGUCUGUAUUUCCUCCCCUCCUACAGGAGAUUGUUGAAAACUUUAAAUUUGAUUCCUGAAAGGACUCAAUGGCUUACAGAAGAGAUGAGAUGUGGUCCGAGGGACGGUAUGACUAUGAAAGGCUUCCGAGAGAACGGGGACCUCCGCGAAGUCACCCCAGUGAUGGCUGCCAUAGAGUAGUUAAUAUUGUGCCAAAGAAACCACCACUACUAGACAGACCUGGUGAAGGAAACUACAGUAGAUAUUGCAGUCAUGUUGCUUACCGAGACUAUGACGAGGGCCGCAGUUUUUCUCAUGAUCGAAGAAGUGGUCCACCUCACAGAGGAGACGAAUCUAGCUAUAAAUGGACAAGAGAUGAUCAUUCUACAAGUCGUCAGCCUGAAUACAGGGACACGAGGGAUGGCUUUAGAAGAAAAAGUUUCUACCCUUCCCCUUACGUGAGAGACCGGUCUCCUCAUAAAAGAGAAAGUUCUUUUCUCAGAGAGUCACCUGUAAGCCGAAAGGAUUCUCCACACAGCAGAUCUGGCUCCAGUGUCAGUAGUAGAAGCUACUCUCCAGAGAGAAGCAAAACUUAUUCUUUCCAUCAGUCUCAACACAGAAAGCCCGUGCGUGUUGGUGCCUCCUGCAAACGGCAGAAUGAAGGAAAGCCAGAAAGAGGUAAAGAGAGACCUGUUCAGUCUUUGAAAACAUCAAGAGACACUUCACCCUCAAGUUCUUCAGCAGUUCCUUCAUCAAAGGUGCUAGACAAACCCAGUAGGCUAACUGAAAAGGAGCUUGCUGAGGCUGCAAGCAAGUGGGCUGCGGAAAAGUUAGAGAAGGCAGAUGAAAGUAACUUACCUGAAAUUUCUGAGUAUGAGGCAGGACCCACAGCACCAUUGUUCAUUGACCAGCCAGAAGAACCUGAGUCAAAUGCAGCAGAUGGCAUAGAAUUAUUUGAAGAUAGUCAGCUGAACAGUCGCUCUAAAGCAAUAGCAUCAAAAACCAAAGAGAUUGAACAGGUUUACCGACAAGACUGUGAAACUUUCGGGAUGGUUGUGAAAAUGCUGAUUGAAAAAGAUCCUUCAUUAGAAAAGUCUAUACAGUUUGCAUUAAGACAGAAUUUACAUGAAAUAGGAGAACGGUGUGUUGAAGAACUCAAGCAUUUCAUUGCAGAGUAUGACACUUCUAAUCAAGAUUUUGGAGAGUCUUUUUAGAAGAUCACUUGCUCAGGCAAAAAAAUGUUUCUAGGUUUUUCCCCCCCCUGGAUUGUGUAAAUCCUUAAUAUAUGGAGUUUUUGUGAUGAAGAGAACUACUUUAUGAUAGUUGAUCACCUUUCCAAUAUCAAAUAAACAUCUAAAAUAGUCUAAGAUAUUUUAAUUAGAAUUUUCUUUACAUAAAGAGUCUCCUAAUCCAUACUUUUCCUCGCCCCUAAAAUGAUGGGUAAAUUGAUUUUUCAAGUCCUAGAGAACAGCUUCUGUACUUAUGUUUGUAGUAUUCCAUAAUAUGUGACCAUUUGUGUGGUCACACUAGUGUAAUUUUAGAGAUCAUUCCAGUUAAACACAGUCUUUUUGCAUUUCAUAGUCAGUGAUACCAUGUCAAAAUGUUAGAAUACUAAGUUGUGAUUUUAUUGACUUGUUUCUUAUCUUAGGCUUUGUAACUUUUAAUAUGUUUAAAUAUAAGAUUCAAAUAACCUGCAUAGUUUGGUAUCCUUUGGGAAUAUUUGCUUUGAGUAUAAUUCUCAUUGUGUUAACAUAGAGCACUUAAAUCUCUAAAAGACACCUUGCAAUAAAUUCCUGUUUUCCAAGUAAGUGAACUUAAUGUCUUCUGUUAAAAUAAUCCUGAAAUUCCUGACUGACUGAUCUGUGAAUCUUAAAUAAUAUCAUAAAAGACAAGGGGCAAUUUGAGAU